UACGUAUGUGAAAACUCUUAAACACUGCAUCUGGGGGAAACGGAAGCGUUAUGAACAUUAUAAUAUGAACAACUAUUGAUCAAGCAAUCAAAAUGCUACGGAAACUCUUGUACACAAACACAUAUGUGAUUGGCAAUGAACUCAAUUAACUUUAAUCUGUUAUUUAUUAAGUCUUUAAGCUGCAAUUGAACAUUUAGCCUAAUAAACAAUACAAUUACUCAGAUAAAUAACAGUAAGCCAUUUCAAAUUCACGACAUAAUAUUAAUACUACAAUAUUUUGACAUCAGGCGACAGGUCUUUAUGGCAACUUGAAAACGUGAUUGGUUUCCAAAAGACAACUAACUAGAUUAGCUAACUAGUUCUUUGUAUUUCAAUUUUCUGUUUAUAAAUGUUGGAUUUUUUUAUUGGAUAGGCACAGAUGUCAGGCUGAAAGACAUUCUUUUGUCACAUACGGACAGUAGAUGUUUACUAAUUCUGUGACAGUGAAAAAGUUGAAAACCACUUGAAUGCCAGUUCAGCUAAAAGACUUACGCAUAGCCAAUAAAAUAGCAACAUCACGUAAACAGGAACAGCCUGCCAGUAUUAUGAAUAAAUAUCCAAACGAUUCCAAUCCAUCAGUGAAAAGAAUCGGUUCAAAAGAACGAGUCGCGAAUCAGACGUCACGUAGAUGCGUGACGUAGAACGCUGUGUUUAGUGUUCAAAGAACAUGGCGACUGACGAGGAUUCUGAACAUUAUUUUGUUAGAGAAAUAGAAAAGAAUGACGGGUCUGUUUUAAGAAUGUAUCAGUGCAGCAAAGGGGACGUGGGUUGUGUAGUAUGGGACGCUGCUAUUGUCCUGUCAAAAUACCUCGAAACGGAACAAUUUUGCAGUAUUCAGUCUGGUAUCAGUACGUGGUUCUCCAAGAACAUUAUUGAACUGGGCGCAGGAACAGGAGUAGUUGGUCUCGUGGCUGCAACUCUGGGCGCAAAUGUCACAGUGACAGAUCUAGAAGACCUGCAGCCUCUCCUUAAGCUGAACAUUGAGAAAAAUCAGCAACUCAUCCGUACAGGCUCAAUCACAGCCAAGGUACUGAAAUGGGGAGGAAAUGUUGAAGAUUUUCUACCUCAUCCUGAUUAUAUUCUGAUGGCUGAUUGUAUCUACUAUGAGCAGUCUGUGGAGCCACUAGUGGAGACUCUGAAACUGUUGGCUGGACCAGAGACCUGCAUCAUCUGUUGCUAUGAGCAGCGCACUGUUGGUGUCAAUCCUGAGAUAGAGAAGAGAUUCUUUGAGCUACUUCUGCAAGAGUUCCAGUCAGAGGAGAUCCCACCUGAAAAACAAGACCCCGAGUUCAAUAGUCCUGACAUUCAUAUUCUCCACCUACGACGAAGAGUCGACUGAAUGCCAUUUACGAGGAUGUGUUGUGUAUGUUUGUGUUUCAAUAGACUGCAUUGUUGGUCAGAUGUUUGCCACUGUACCUAUACUAUAUAAAAAAAAUUAAGUACAUUUUAUGUGGUCUGGAAGUUUGGCCUUAAUGUGAGCCUAAGUGUGUUUUCAGACAAACAAGUUUAAAGUGAAUGGUUUUGUGCAUUGUGCACUGUUAAACUAGCAAUAAAUCUCAGGUGUGUUUUUUUUUUACACACCAAUUCAGAGAAUGUUAUACUGAGUGUGCUUUAUAAGAACUAAAUAUAAGGAAGUUGCCCAUAUACUAAUAAUUAUGAUUGUUUAAAGGAUUCUACUUCAGACCACUUGAUCUUAACUGGUGUCCCCUUUUCUAAACCAAAUAUGAACUAAAUAAACUAGAUAUUUAUUUAAAAUAA